AUGAGCCGGGGGAAAGGUCGAGCCCGAACCAGGGAACUCAGCGAGUCAUGGGCCUCGUUGUCCUAUAGUGAAGACGCAGACCUAGGACAGUCCUCAGGCUCGGACAGUGACGCACCCGUCCAGCAGACAAAGACGAGCUCGGCGCGCAAGAGCCCUCCGCCACGGCCCUCCGCGAAGCCACGGUCCGCCACCCCUUCUACACCUGCAUCCCGCAUACCCCUCAAACGCCCUGUUGCGCCAACCUCUGCCGAACUCGAGUUCGUCAUGCCUUCCUCGCCCGAUGGCUCGUUCGCCGGCUCUCCCUUGCGCGGCUCGCGGCCUCCAUCGCGACGCCUCUCUCAGUCCGUUCCCGACGCAGACGAGUCCGCCGACCUGAGACAGCGGAAGCGAAGGUCUCGACCGAUGCAACGGGUAUCGCCCCCGGAGGACAAGAAUGAUGCCUCGACACCUCUUGCCUUACUCUGGAUCAACGUGCUUGGCCCCACCGCCAGCUACCUGCUAUCAGUCCUAGCCUUUACCUUGAAUGUGUUGAAACCUUUGUUCUCCAUUGCCCUCGCUGUCGCCUUCGUCACUGCUUUCCUGUCUUUUGCUCGCUACUGGGUUACAACCAGUGUUUCUUCUGCGCUUACCCCCGUCUGCGCCGUCCCCGGCGUGUCUCUGCUCAACCUUCCGUUCUGCAACUACCCCCAGCGACCCGACCCCGCCUCCGCUGCGGCGGUCGAGUUCGAUGAGCUGGUCAAGGCGCAGCAAGCAUUUGAAGAAAUCAUAUCAGAUGCGUCCAGAUAUGACGGGCUGCCGGCAGACAUGAAGCGGGGUGAAACUGCUAUUCGAGACUUGAGGUCCGUCGUGCGGUACUCCAAGCUUCCUUCAAAGAGCGAGCUGGACAUGGAAUUCCACAACUUCAUCCAGAAAGCCGGAACAGCCUCCUGGGACCUUACCCGCUUCAACUCGCGAAUCGGCUCGGCCGUGGAUAGGAUGCUCAGCACCAACAGGUGGACUCUGCGAGUCAUCGACGACAUCAAGAAUACCGAGGAUGGACGUGGCUCUGUCGAUCGCUUCAUCUGGGAUCAGCUUCUGUGGGUUCUCUCGCCCCAUCGAAGCCCGCGCGAGAGACUCGUUGCGCAAUACUUGUCGCAUACCCAAAAGGUUGAAGAUGAGAUCACGGCGCUCAUCAAUCAAGCCGACGCUCUGCUCGGCAUCCUGGACAGUCUUGAAAGCCAUCUCGGUGCCAUACACGACAUCUCUGUCCGCGACGACGUGAGCCUUCAGGGCAAGCGUGAGGAACUGUUCCUCGACCUAUGGACGAAGCUGGGCGGUAACCGGUCCAAUGUCAAGAAGCUUGACCAACAAAUCCAGCUCCUCAAGAACGUCAACUUGUACCGCCGCACAGCCGUUAGUCACGUCAGCUCCACCAUGGUCAAGCUUAGAGCCAUCGCCGUCAGCCUGGAGGAUAUGCGGGAGCGCGCCGCUGUUCCUGAUCUCGUCGGUGUUGACGGUGAUGUGCCCAUCAUUCUCCACAUUGAGAACAUUCAGCGUGGUCUCGAUAGACUAGAGGCUCAGCGUUUGGAUCACCAAAGAUCCGUGGAUGACAGGCAUCGAAGAAUACUGGAUGCUGCGGAAACCGGGGAUACUAGCUCUGGCGCUGGUGUGCCUGAAAACCGCAUGAUUGGCGCCGAAAGGUUGCGCUGA